CCGGCUUCGGGAACUUGUUGCCAUGAGGAAAACAAGCUGCCCUUUGCUGGCCGGCCGGGCAAGGAGCGCGGCGCUGUGAAGCGCUCCCGCCCCAGCGAGGUGCCGAGGGGCAGCGAUGGCACCUGGGCAGAGCCCGGAGGAGCUGAGGCAGCAGAGCCGGGCCGUGGGCGCGGGGCAGGAUGAGGAGCGCGGCCGGGGCUGCAGGCGCUGCCGGCUGCCGGCUGCCGCAGGUUGUGGAACAUUCACUUUUCUGUCUUCUGCCAUUGCUGCCAUAAGUGGACUUCUGAUGGGCUAUGAGUUGGGCCUUAUCUCCGGAGCUCUUCUUCAGAUGAGCAGCAUUUUAACACUCUCUUGCAAAGAGCAGGAAGUCAUUGUAAGUUCCCUGCUUUUUGGGGCCUUGUUUGCAUCCCUUACUGGUGGAUUUCUUAUAGACAGAUUUGGAAGGAGACUUGCUAUUAUUAUUGCAUCAUCUUUACUUGUGCUGGGGAGUCUGAUUCUGCUGCCCUGUGAAUCAUACGAGGUACUCAUUGUGGGCCGGAUCGCCAUAGGUAUUUCCAUCUCACUGUCGUCGAUUGCCACGUGUGUGUAUAUCGCUGAGAUCGCCCCACAGCACAGAAGAGGCCUCCUUGUGUCAUUAAAUGAACUCAUGAUUGUGAUAGGCAUUCUCUUUGCCUAUAUUUCAAAUUAUGCAUUUGCCAGCAUAUCUCACGGCUGGAAGUACAUGUUUGGCCUGGUGAUUCCAUUGGGUGCUUUGCAGGCUGUUGCCAUGUAUUUCCUUCCUCCAAGCCCUCGGUUUCUUGUGAUGAAAAAUGACGAUGAAGCGGCGAGAAAAGUACUGGAGAGGCUACGGGAAACAUCAGAUGCUACUAAUGAGCUCACUGCGAUUAAGUCUUCCCUGAAAGAUGAACAUCAGUAUAGUUUCUUGGACCUGUUUCGUUCAAAAAACAACAUGAGGGCCCGAAUGCUGGUAGGACUCACUCUAGUUUUUUUUGUGCAAACAACUGGGCAACCCAACAUUUUAUUUUACGCAUCGACUGUUUUGAAGUCAGUUGGGUUCCAGAGCAAUGAAGCUGCCAGUUUGGCUUCCACCGGAGUUGGAGUGGUUAAAGUGGUCAGCACAGUCCCAGCCACGUUUUUUGUGGAUCAAGUUGGAAGUAAAACUUUUCUGUGUAUUGGCUCUUCUGUUAUGGCAAUAUCGUUGGUCACUAUGGGCUUAGUGAACCGUAACAUACAUGUGAAUUUAACCAAGGUCUGCAGAAGCCACUCUCCAGAGGAUUUCUCUCUCCAGAGACCAGGAAACUUCACUGUCACCAAUGGGAGUCUCAAGGACCUCUUUGCUAGCAGGGCUUCAACAGAAAGAUUGUCAUUUGAUGUACAGAGCCCAGAUGUUGCCAGGACAGGAGAACUGAACAGGACUGCCCUGGCAGGCGGCAAAAGCACAACAGGGUCUCAUGUGGAAAGUGGGGAGGUCCCUGUUGUCCUGAAAUGGCUUUCACUGGCCAGCCUGCUUGUCUAUGUUGCUGCAUUUUCCAUAGGUCUUGGACCAAUGUCCUGGUUGGUCCUGAGUGAAAUUUUCCCUGGUGGGAUCAGAGGACGGGCCAUGGCUUUGACAUCCAGCAUGAACUGGGGUAUAAACCUGCUCAUCUCCUUGACGUUUUUGACUGUAACUGAGCUCAUUGGCUUGUCCUGGGUGUGCUUCAUUUACACAAUAAUGAGUCUAGCAUCACUGGCUUUUGUUAUCAUGUUUAUACCAGAGACAAAAGGAUGCUCUUUGGAGCAAAUAUCCAUGGAACUAGCUAAACACUCAGUCUGGAAGAAGUGCAAAGAAGAAUCAGAGUGCCAGGGAGAAGAAAGAGUCUCAACAGGAGGAGCCUACCAAAGACAGAUAAAUUUAGGAGACACAUAUGCUUCAUAAAAGCUCCAGAUAUUCACUGGUAGCACUCAAGAGCUUUGUAAUUUGAUUCGAAGAGGCAAGCCUAAUCUACAACAGCUAUUGUAGUUGUAAUGGCCAAAUCUUCAUUCAUCAGUUUGGGACUACACUUUGUCCCUCAAAACCCAUUACAAUUUUGUUCAUUGUUCAAAUAUCUUCUGCUUUUUCCUUUUAAAAAU